GGGGUAGCACUGGAGGAUGAGCGAAGUGGAGAGCAAGGCUCGCGCGCGAGAUUGCGGCGGGAGUGUGCACAGCUAGAGCAGCGCGCUCGCACCGUCUGCGGAGCUGGGUUACGGCAAGGGACAAAGGCGACGCGAAGUGCAGGAACGGCGCGUAAGAGCUGCGCUCUGAAACCUUAUUCCUCCGUGUUUAGAUCGUUGAUCAACUUCUCGGUGAAAGUAUGGAGGAGCCAGACCACACACCCCCACUACCAACUGCUACAUCUGAUGGAAUGUCACCUGAAUGCAGCAGUGCAAAUGCUGGAGCAGAAGAUACCGCACAGAAAGACAACCCUGUCGGCAAGUGCCUAGAGUCAGCUCACAGUGACGGAUGUGGAGACCAGACCCAUGACGGAAUUCUAAGAGCGCAUCAAGAGGAGCCAGAAUCAGAAACCAUCGAGCAUGCUGGUUUAGAUUUUACCAAAAUGGCUGGAAACAGUGAUGCACCAGACCUGAAAAAUCAGUCAGAUGCACCAGUUCAACAACGGUCAUCUGCCGAAGUCAAGGUAAGUAUUGUUGCGUGA